UUUUUUGCUGUUGUUUGCAGGAACAAGUACGUCGAUGGAAAUAUAAUGAAGAAAGAUUUGAGAAAGAGUUCAAGAAACGACCAAAGAAACCACCUAAACCAGGGAAGAAGAAAGUGGAAUUCCUUUCAGGAAAAGAUGGCAAUGAUUGGGUGUGGGUGAUGGGCCAACAUCCAGAUGAUCUUAACAUUGAAGAAAUUCUAGAACACGAAGCCAAAGAAAAAGCCACCUUACAGGCAGAAAAAGAAGCAGAAGAACUAAGGAUAAAACAAGAGCUAGAGCUGAAAAAGAAAAUGGAAGAAGAAAAGAAAAAACUUGAAAAAGAACGAAUUGAGAGAGAAUUCCAGUUGAAACGCAAAGAAGAUGAAGCUGCUUUGUAUCAGUCAUUGAAAGAGGUUCGGCUGAUAGCUGAUAAAAUUGAACAAGAAAGGGAAAAAGAACGCCAGGGAGAAGAAGACAGAUUAAAAGAACUUCAAGAUAAAGAAGAAAAAGGUCUAAAGUAUUGUCGAGAAAAUUCCUUAAAGUUGAAGAAUCGUCGAAGUGCUGAACUUUAUACAUCUUGGCGUAAAAUGAGAAGCAUUCUAGAAAAGGACAGUACUGAAGACAAUAAAGAAAUUGAAGCAACUUGGAAAGAACAAGAGAAAAAAUCACGAGAGGCUGAGGUUCAAUUGAAGGAAAUAGUACGACGAGCCCGAGAAGAACAUAGACGAUCACAGAAAUCUAUGUCAAAAGGCAGCAGCUCAUCUUUGUCUGAAGAUCUCCCACCAAUUCCUCCGAAAACACAUAUCAACAAUGCCACAAACAGUCUUGGUUCCAGUGUCAAAUCUUCUGGGGUUAAUAAAAAACCGGCUACACCAAAGAACAGAAAUGCUGUGAUUAAAUGGUUUAAGGAAGAAGAACGGCCCAAAGAAGUUGGUUUAAAUCCUGAAACGAAGAAAAUAGAAGAAUGGUUUCAUGGUCUUAUAAGCAGAGCUGAAGCAGAGGAAAUCCUGUCUGAUCGACCUAUUGGUAGUUUUCUAGUGCGAGUCAGUGAAAGAAUAUGGGGCUAUACAGUAUCUUAUCAGUCGGAAGAACGUUGCAAACACUUCUUAAUUGAUGCAUCGGAUGGCACAUACCAUUUCUUUGGCUCCAACUAUCAACCAUUCAGUUCUCUUCAAGAAAUCCUUAAUUACCACAUGAAAAAUGCUAUAACAUUAGCAGGUCAAGAAAUGUUACUGUUCCCCUGCGGACAGAAAAGUCACCCUCCAAACUAUGCUGAAUUAUUUUAUGACGAAGUAACAGACUCUCUUAUUUGAAGAUGUUUGUUAUUAAUGCCACCAUCACUACUGCCAUUGCCAUCACUAACAAUCAGCUCCAAGUAUCAUCACCAUCAUUAUCACCUAUUAUCAAUGUUACCAUUGUUAUCAUUGAGCAUAACCAUCAUCAUUAUCGUCCUUCAAAAUAGCUUUGGACUGAUGGAAUUAUAAAAGAAGCUGGAUUAAAGACUGCUGUUUGUUUUUGUAUCUUUGUAUUAUAUUGAGUUCAAACCAGGAUUGACUAUUUUUUCUGAUGUUGAGAAUAUAAAUACCAGUAAUACUUUUGGGUUCAUGUAGCAGAUUGGUAAACCUUACCAAUGUCAGUUUUGUGUUUAAUUUUCUGGGGUCUAUAAAAUAAAGCACCUGCUAAGUAUUGAGAUUGAUGAAAUUGACUGAUGUUAAUGUUAUAUUUAAACUGUUGCAAGCUGUUACCCACAAGAAAGACAUUGUGUGGGAGGAAGUUUCAGAGGGCCAACAUUCUAGGGAAGAAAGGUUGGAUGUAGUAGUUAGUGUAGAGCUUAUGGUGGGUACAGGCUGGAAACAACAUGGGUGAUGAGGGAAUUAAGAGGGCUUGAAUGGAAAUAGCAUGGAACAAGUCUGAGGAACAGAGGCCAUUAUAGUAGUAUCAGCUGAGCACUGGAGAUGAUAUAAAUAACUUCUCCUGCUAAAAUUGCUGGCUUUCUGCCAAAAGAAGAAAGGAUUAUGAUUAAGGCAGUGAGUUGGCAGAAUUGUUAGCAUGCUGGGUGAACUGCUUAGCAGCACUUUGUCUGUCUGCAUGUUCUGAGUUCAAAUUUUGCCAGGGUCAACUUUGCCUUUCAUCCUUUCAGGGUCGAUAAAUUAAGUACCAGUGAAACACUGGGGUCCAUGUAAUCAACCAGCCCCCUCACCCAAAUUUCACGCCUUGUGCCUUUAGAAGAAAGGAUUAUUAUUAUUAUUAUUAUUAUUAUUAUUAUUAUUAUUAGCAAUAAUAAUAUAAUCAUAAUAAUAAGGUGAGUUGGCAGAAUUGUUAGCAUGCUGAGCAAAAUGUUUAGUGGCAUUUUGUCUGUUUUUACAUUCUGAGUUCAAAUUCUGCUGGGGUUGACCUUGCCUUUCAUCCUUCUGGGGUCGAUAAAGUAAGUAGCAGUCAAGUACUGGGGUUGAUGUGAUCAACUUAUCCCCUUCCAACAAAUUUCAAGCCUUGAGCCUCUAGUAGAAAGGACUAUUAUUAUUAUUAUUAUUAUUAUUAUUAUUAUUAUUACCUAUUAUAACAAGGGUAGUGGAUUGGCAGAAUCAUUAGUGCUUUAGCUAAAAUGCCUUGUGGUAUUUCUUGUAGUUCUCUAUAUUUCAGAGUUCAAAUCUUGCCAAAGUUAACUUUGCCUUUCAACCCUCUAGGGUUGAUAAAAUAAAGUACCAAUCAAGUCCUGGAGUCAAUAUAAUCAACUAAUUUAUUUCCCCUAAAUUUCUCUCACAGAAACAAUUAUUAGCUCAGUUGGUUUGGCCAUUGUGCUGACAAUUUGAGUACUGUGGGUUUGAGCUACAUUGUGGUUAGGUUUCAGUUUAAUGUAAUAAAUAAAUAAGUAAUUAUUUAUUAUUAUUAUUAUUAUUAUUGUUGUUAUUAUUUUUAUUAACAUUGGUUCAAAUUCCUGAAGGAUCACUUUUGUAUUUCAUUGUUUUGGUGCCAGUAAAAUGAAAUCCAGUAAUAUAUUGGCUCAAUUCAACUAACAGUAUUUCUCUCACCAGAAAAAAAAUAAAUAAAAAGUUUUCUAGUUGGUU